CUCUGCCGAGAAGCUCUAUCGUGGCGUCAGCUCAGACAUUCGCGCAUAGUCCCGUUUCUGGGGCUUGACCAAGACGUACACUCACCUUGCAUCUGCAUGGUUUCUCCCUGCAUGCCAGGAGGGAAUCUUCUCGAUCUUGUGAAGCUUCUCCGUUGCGAGAGAUUAUCUAACAUAUCCAUGCAGCUGGUUGACACUCUCGAGGGGCUCCGCUUUCUUCAUAGCGAAGGAUAUAUUCAUGGUGAUCUCCGCGCGGCCAACGUGCUCUUGGACGCGGACGGUCACGCUUGCCUUGCUGACUUUGGAUUGAUCAGUUUCCUCGAGGGUGCAGACCAAUCUACCAUGUGUGGCGGAAAUCCUCGAUGGAUGGCUCCGGAGCUGGUCAUUAGUGACAAUUUUCAACGUACCCGAGCAAGUGACAUGUAUUCUUUCGGCUGUGUUUGCCUUGAGAUAAUCACGCUACAGCCGCCUUUCCCGGAAAUGCGGAUUCCCUCUGCUAUUAUUCGGGCCCUGAUGGAAGGGAGACGACCAAUCCGCCCCGCGAACAAGCAAUGCAUCGUUCCGGUUCUACAUGAGAACCUAUGGAAGAUCGUUGAGUCUUGCUGGAAUGCAAAUCCCGGAGAUCGCCCAUCAGCAUCUCAAGCUCUU